AUGGCGUGCCAUGAAGAGCAGGCGUGUCAGGCGCCGCCGGAUAGCAGUAGAGAUGGUCAGGAUGUGGUUGGUGCAGCACUUGACACAUCAACGACUACCCUCCGGUGGGCUAUGGCCGAACUAAUCGCAAACCCAAGGGUGAUGCACAAGGCGCAGCUUGAGAUUCGACGCGUCAUGGCAGGGCAACAACGAGUACAUGAGGCGACUCUAAGGGACCUACACUACCUGAAAGCAGUGAUCAAAGAGACCUUACGACUCUGCACCCUCCUGCCCCGUUCGUCCCAAGGGGACCCAAAGUACUGGGAGGACCCAGACAUGUUCAUACCAGAGAGAUUUCUUCAGGGUGACCCUGACCACCGCUGUUUGGACUACAAGGGGUUCGAUUUUGAGUUCACUCCUUUCGGGGCUGGGCGGAGGAUGUGCCCUGGGACAAGUUUCGCUCAUAUGAAUGUUGAGAUUGCUCUGGCUAGCCUUCUGUACCAUUUUGACUGGAAGCUGCCAGAUGGAGCUAAACCGGAGGAGAUUGACAUGACAGAGCUCUGGGGUGUUACUGUCACAAGGAAGGCUAAGCUAUUUCUGCAUCCCAUUCCCUGUAUUCCUCCAGCUGUUGCAUCGAUUGAUGCAUAA